UCUCAAAAAAUUUUGCAAGACAAUCGUAACUAUUUUUUCAGAUGAAUAUUUGCGGUCUCCAAAUGCUAAUGAUAUUGCUCGAUUGCUUGUUGUUGGUGAACAACGGGGAUUCCCAGGAAUGCUAGGAAGCAUUGAUUGCAUGCAUUGGAAGUGGAAAAAUUGUCCCGCUGCCUGGAAAGAGAGAUCUUUUAUUUUCACGGAACUUGCUCAAGGGCGUGCUCCACCAGUCAAUUACAUAAUCAAUGGCAACGACUACACUAUGGGGUACUACCUUGCCGAUGGUAUUUAUCCUAAGUGGCCAACGUUUGUGAAGACGAUUCCAUCACCCCAAGGGAAUAAGAAGAAAAACUUUGCCACAGCACAAGAAUCUGCAAGAAAAGAUGUCGAGCGUGCCUUCGGAGUACUUCAACAACGAUUUGCAAUCGUUCGUGGACCUUCCCGAUUAUUCAAAGUCAAUGACCUAACAAAUAUAAUGAAAACAUGUGUUAUUCUACAUAACAUGAUCAUUGAGGACGAGCGUGAUGAUAGUCAGGGUCUGAACAUGGAGUACGAUCAACUUGAUGAUGAUAUUCCAGAAUUGUCGCGCAAUCCAACAAAUGAGUUUAUGAACUUCAUUCAGCGCCAUCAUGAAAUUAGGGAUAGCUCGGCACAUCAUCAACUACAAGCAGAUUUAAUUGAACAUCACUGGCAAUUCCAUUCCCAUCAAUAGAAGAGAAGGUUGUGUUGGAGUCUCUAUUUUAUC